GGUUUGGUACAACCUGAACCAGCCGGUAUUCAUUUCAUUCCUCUGUGGAUGAAAUCUGAAAAUGUCCUUUUGCCUCUUCCUGAUUUGACACUUCUCACCCAUCAAUCUGACAAUCUCUGCCCUAUACAUCAUUCAUCUCCGCCUCCUUUUUCCCCUGUCCCUUGGUUCCUUUCGCGAUCCCCGAUAAAUCAUUUCUCCUCUCAACUCUCAUCCACACCAGAUUCCUUCCCCUUUUCUCCGGGUUUUUGUAAUUUAUUGUUGUUGCUCUUUAUCAUGUUUGUCAUUGGUUGUCAUGAUAUUGAUGGGGGGUUUUGUUCCUUUUUGUUUGCGUGAAUCCAGGCUUUUCAGGAUUCCUUUUGCACAUGCAUGAUCAUCAUCCUUCCUUGUUUCUUUUGCUUUCUGGGUUUUGCUCAGAAUUCAGAAAUUCAGAAUCCUUUUAGCGUAAGACAAUUUUGGGUUCUGACGGAAUCUCAAAUCUCGAAAGGAGAGAGAUAUCAUCAAGUUUUUGGUUUUUCGUCUUUGCCAAUCUCUCUUUCUUCUGUGACAAAAUUAUACUUCUUUGGGAUUGUGGGUUCCUUCGGUUGUACUUGUUCUUGCUUUCUUCAGCAUUGGUGGGGUCUCAAAGAGACGGCGUUUCUUGGUUUUUAAUCCCUUCCUGAUCACAGUUGGAUGAGUAUCACAUGGGUAUCUUUCGGCACUCUCUGGAUUGAAUUUGGCAUCUGCUUUUCUUGCUUUCAAUUUGACGAUUGAAUUUUGGUGCAAAAUCUAUUUUCAUGGGUGUUUUUUCUGGUUGCUUCCGCAGAAAUUCUGGAUCGCAGACCUGUGAGUUUUCUUGGUUGGACUGGUUAUAUAACUGGGCUAUAUUCAACUUUUCUCUGCAUUGAUGUGGAUUCCUUGUGAUUGCUCUAGCAUUUUAUGCUAUUUGUGAGGGAGCUCCAACUGUUUUUUAAGAUGGAAUGAUUUUGUGAGUGAACCUCAAAUGGACUUAUCGGCCAAUUGUAAGCAUUCCAAAUUCUUUGGCCGGAAUUUGAAUUCCAUAGCAUGCAAAUGUGUUGUUUUGGUUGUUUUUGCUCUGGUUACUAGAGCUGUUCUGGUUCCUAGAUUCUCUGCCUUUGGUGGGAUUGAGCAGCAGGACUUGGUGUUCAUCCACAGUCGUUCUCUGUCAUUCAAUUCUGAAUUUGGAAUCCGGAAUGAUAAAUUCCUGGAGGUUCCUCAAAUUGUAUGGGGUUUAAACAAUCAAAAAAUUGCAUUUGCAAGAGCUUGUCUAACAGCUAGAAUGCUGAACCGAACUCUUUUGAUGCCUAGCUUAAGUGCGUCCCUGUUCUACAAAGAAAUUGAUCUCUUGCAACCCAUUUCCUUCGAUAAGGUGUUCCAAUUCAAGAAGUUCAAUUCACUCUGCAAGGAAUUUGUCCGAUUGGGCCGCUACUCGGAUCGUUUGAAUCGGACGGGAGUCUUUGAGCUUCAUAAAGGUAGUGGAAGGAAGUGGACGAUUGAGAGAGAUUUAGAUCAAUUGAGACAGCAUAGCAAGGACCCCUUUGAUGAGUAUGAGGUAAUUCGAAUAGUUGGGAAGAACCCUUUUUUAUGGCAUGAUCAUUGGCCUAUUAAGGACUAUGCCAGGGUCUUUGAGUGCUUAGUUUUGGUUGAUGAGAUAGCGAAAGAAGCCGAUAUAGUUGUAUCCAAGAUUAGAGAGAAAGGAAUGGAGGUAAGAAGCAAGAUUGAGUCUGUACAAAAUGGCAUUAGUUCUGAGAGUUCUUCAUUGCAGCCAGUGCCUUAUGUAGCCGUCCACAUGAGGAUAGAGAUAGACUGGAUGAUUCACUGUAAGAAAUUAGAGCAGAGAUUAAACAUAAGCCAAAUUUGUAGCAGCAAGGGGGAGAUUAUGGAAAGAGUGGGGAACAUUAUGGGCCUGAAGACUCCAACUGUGGUUUACCUUGCUGUGGCUGAUAGUCUUCUUGAUGAUUCUACUAUAUUGAAUGGUUGGAAGGAAGGAUUGCUUCCUGUGGAGAAGAAGAAACUGGGUGUUGAUGGGAUUUACAAGAAGUAUCCAUAUCUCAUGCAGUCAGCAAUUGAUUAUGAAGUGUGCUUAAGGGCUGAUGUCUUUGUUGGAAACAGCUUUUCUACAUUUUCAAGUCUUAUAGCUCUUGAGAGAACACAGAAGAUGAUCAAAACCGGGGUUACAAGCUCGUGCCGGGUGGAUGUAAGGUGGCCGUCUUAUGCGUAUAAUAUACUAGGGGAAUCAAAGGGCCCUCAUAGAUGGAUGACUACUAUGUCUGAUUCAAGCCUUCAAGCGAUUAGCUAUGGCUCCAAUGACAUCUCUUGUUGAUGCUUAUGGUAUGUGACUUGUGCUACAAUCUUUCUCAUUGGUGUAGAUAAUGAGGCUUCUCUCCUUUUUGCAAUAUUUAGAUUGUCACACUGGCAGAAGUGGUUGGUAUAGUUAGAAUCACAGAAUUCUUUUUUUGUAGACAAAAGGCAGUAAUAGAUAAUGUCCAGAGAGCAGUUUGAUACCCGAUUCGGUACAUUUUGCUUAUAUAUAAUUUUGUGAAUUGCUUUUA